AUGCCACGACAUUAUCAUCAGUCAUUGAAGAAAAGUAUUAAAACAAUGAACUCAUUUAUUAUUUUGUUAGUUUAUACCUUAAAACUAACAUGUGGACAAAAUGUAGAUCAAAUGGUUGAAAAACUUCGACAUUUAGAAUCAUUUGUUGAAUUAAAAGGUGGAGAGUUUCGAAUGGGUAUUAACGAUCGACAUGGCCUCAAUUUUGAAUAUCCACAAAAAAAAGCAAUUGUUAAACCAUUUAGAAUAUUUCAAUAUCCUGUAACAAUAUCAGCAUUUCGUCGUUAUACUCAAGAUAAACCACGUUUUCGUACAACGGCUGAUCUAAAUGGUUUCAGUUAUGUAUUUACAAAAAUACUUGUUGAUGAUUCAGAGAUAUUUGAUGUUGAAUCUGAUGAGGUGGAUGAAGGUCUAAUUGGUGUGGCAAAUGCACGAUGGAAUAGACCAGAAGGUGGUUUUUCUCAGAUAACUAAUCGUUUGAAUCAUCCUGUUACUCAUGUUUCAUUUGAUGAUGCACAAGCUUAUUGUGCUUGGAAAGGCAUGCGUUUACCAACAGAAAUCGAAUGGGAAUAUACAGCGAGAGGUGGAUUGGAUGGCGUUGCAUAUCCGUGGGGUGAUAUGUGGGAAUUAAGAAGAACAAAUUUAUGGCAAGGUACAUUUCCAGAUGAUAAUCAAUUGCGAGAUGGACAAUAUGGUAUAGCAUCAGUUGAAGAGUACGGACCACAGAAUGAUUACGAAAUAUAUGAUAUGUUAGGGAACGUUUGGGAGUGGACAUUGACAAGAUUUCGCAAUUUAAGUCAUCCAAUGGAAGAAGAUGAUCAAGAACGUUAUACAGUUAAAGGUGGCUCGUUUCUUGAUACGCGCGAUGGUGAUGCGAAAAGUGACGGUAUCCAGGUGCGAAUAUCGGCUCGAAAAGGUCAUAGAAGAUCGUAUACCGCUUAUAAUUUAGGGUUUCGUUGUUGUCAGUCAAUGGAAUUACCAGAAAAACCAGUCACAUUACCUCAAUAUAAAGUUGUUCGAUUACGUCCACCUGUUCAUCAUCAUACACCCGAAAAACAUGAACACAUCUCUCAUACAGAUGAACUAUGA